UAGUGAUCAGAGUUCAAAUAGCAAUAUUAUUACCUGUUUCAGCAUUCUGAAGAUGGAUGGUACAAUAGAGGAGAGGAAGAAGAGCUCUUCUUCAUCCCCAGAAACGGAACAUCUCAACCCAAUACCACACCUGAUCUGCAGAGAUGGCCAUGAAAAUCAGUUAGACCAAGUUAAAUUGAAUGGAGAAGAAGAAGAAGGAGGAGGAGGAGAGAGAACUAAAUCCCCACCGGCAGCUGGGUUUUCACCAAGAACAAAAGAGGAGCACAGCAGAGGAGCAACAACAGACACACCACAUUUAUUUGCUUGUGGACGUCCAGAUUUGUCAUUUGGAAUACAAGAUAUAGAUUCCUCCACCAAUAUGGAACCAGUAACACCAGCUCAACAUAAGAAACCAGGAAACAAGCCUGUACAUGUGCAAAGUCUGGACAUUGGUGAAGGAAUAAUAAAAGAGACAGCAAUACCUGAACAACAACAGGUGGGUAAAGAAGCUCCUCCUCAACAGAAGCCAAAGAAAAAAAAGCACAGGCCCAAGGUGGUUAAAGAAGGCCAGUCACAAAAAAAAAGUACUCCAAGCCCAGUUACCCCUAAGCCAGCGGCUGCUCGCCCAAAAAGAAAAUAUGUUCGUCGAAAUGGAAAAGACAACAAAACAACAGAAAAAUCAUGCAGAAGAAAACUAGAUUUCGAGGCUGAAUCACAAGAACAAGAAGAUGAUGGAACAACCUCAGGUAAAAUAAAAAUAACUAUUGAGAAAAAGACAAACCUGGCAGGAGAAAUUUACAACUCAGUACGUCUAGUGAGCAGCAAAGUGCCUAAAAAUAGACAAGAUUUCAUCACUGCAGCUUCAGGAAUAAAUGAUCAAUCAGAUAAAAAGGCAUUGGAUCCUCUCGUUCAAAAUAAGCAGCAGGAAAGAGGAAAAUGCCACAUCAUAUUCUCAAAUAAAACACAUGAUAAACAUGGGAAUACCAAUCAAAACGGCACCAGCAAUGGAAGGGGACAUAAGAGAAUGCAUUAUCUUACCAAAACAACCAGCACAGUUAAGGCUGAGGUUCCCUACUUGCAGCACGAGUAUCUUUCAAUCUUCAAAAAGAGAAAGAGAACUCAAAGAGUUCGAAACACAGCAGCGUCAAGUAAGCAUCUGCAAGUUGGGAACAAAACUAUUUUUCCAAUGUUUCACAAUGUCAAGGUUGAUGAAGUUGCUGAUAUGCUAAAAGGUCUAAAUAUAAAUGAGGAGAAACAAGCUCAUAAUUUACAAGAUGAUAAACAAAAGAAACUAGUUGUUUACCAGCAAAGAAAUGUGAAGACACCUCAAAGACCUAAAGUAAACCUAGAUGAAGAGACGAAUAGGGUCUGGAAGCUUCUGUUGGAAGAUAUCAAUAAUGCAGGAAUUGACGGGGAGGAGAACGUACAAAAUAAUUGGGAAGAUGAACGACGUGUCUUCAAGGGGAGAGCCGACUCAUUCAUUGCCCGCAUGCACCUUGUCCAAGGAGAUAGAAGGUUUUCUCCAUGGAAAGGAUCUGUUAUGGACUCGGUGGCGGGAGUCUUCCUAACGCAGAAUGUUUCGGAUCAUCUCUCUAGUUCUGCCUUUAUGUCUCUUGCUGCAAGGUUUCCCCUUAAUUCAAAUGGACCAAAAACUGAAGAGACAAUUCCCAUAGUCCAAGAACCAGAUAAUGAAGCACCCAUCAAAUGCCAUGAAAAGGAAUUGAAUCCAUCAUCAUCCUGCAAUGAAAGAAUAGAAUCAUGCUUGCAUGAAAACCCGAAUGCAGAUCGAUUGUUCAUUCCAAUGCCAGACAUGAAGCACCAAGAUUCAAUCUCAGGUAAACCAGAUAGUGGAAGUAACUUGAGAAAAUCAAAUACUAUGAAAGGUAGACCUGGAAAGGGAAAACAGAAAGAAAUUAAUGACUGGGGAAUCUUAAGAAAAGAAGCACAAAGAGAAAGAAAAGAAGAAAGAUCAUCAAGUACAAUGGACUCGCUGGACUGGGAAGCAGUCCGCCGUGCAGAUGUUAAGGAAAUAGCAUACACUAUUCGAGAACGAGGAAUGAACAAUAGGCUGGCAGAGAGAAUCCAGAAUUUUCUGAAUCGUGUGAUUGAAGAGCAAGGGAACAUUGAUCUUGAAUGGUUAAGAGAUGUCCCACCUGACAAAGCAAAAGAGUAUUUGCUGAGCAUAAGAGGAUUGGGGCUUAAAAGCGUAGAGUGUGUGCGGCUUCUUACACUUCAUCAUCUUGCCUUUCCGGUUGAUACAAAUGUCGGACGCAUAGCUGUUAGAUUAGGGUGGGUACCUCUUCAACCAUUGCCCGAGUCUCUUCAAUUGCAUCUUCUACAACAGUACCCUAUAUUAGAGUCCAUUCAAAGAUACCUCUGGCCGAGACUUUGCAAGCUGGAUCAAAGAACAUUAUAUGAGCUACAUUACCAAAUGAUUACGUUCGGAAAGGUUUUCUGUACAAAAAGCAAACCUAACUGCAAUGCAUGUCCAUUGAGGGGUGAAUGCAGACAUUUUGCGAGUGCAUUUUCAAGUGCACGGUUUUCCCUUCCAGCAUCAGAGGAGAAAGGUUUAGCCAGUCGAACUGGAAAUGAAGUGCCUGACCAGUUCCCUGUGGAGGACAUUCAAUUGAUACAACUACUCCAAGAAGAGCCACAGAAUGACACUAGUGAACUACUCCAAGAAGAGCCACAGAAUGACUCUAGUGAACCGCAUGUUGAAUUACCCGAGCCCAUAGUUGAAGUACCAUUUACACCAGAAUCAGAAUUAACAGAAAUUGAUAUUGAAGAUUCAUUCUGCGAUGGCCCAGAGGAAAUUCCAACCAUAAGAUUGAAUGUGGAAGAAUUUACUCAAAAUAUACAAAACUUUAUACAACAGAAUAUGGAGCUUCAGGAUAGUAAUAUGUCAAAGGCUUUAGUAGCUUUGACGGCAGAGGCUGCUUCAAUACCCAUCCCUAAGCUUAAGAACGUGAGCCAACUAAGGACAGAACACCUAGUGUAUGAGCUUCCAGAUUCACACUGUCUGCUGGAUGGGAUGGACAGACGGGAGCCUGAUGACCCAAGCCCUUAUCUCCUAGCUAUAUGGACACCAGGAGAAACUCCAAAUUCGAUUCAACCAUCUGAACGGAGAUGUAAAUCCCAAGAAGUUGGCACAUUGUGCAAUGAGAUGACAUGUUUCACAUGCAAUAGUAUUAGAGAAGCAAACACGCAGACAGUUAGAGGGACCCUGUUGAUACCAUGUCGAACAGCCAUGCAAGGGAGUUUUCCACUUAAUGGAACAUAUUUUCAAGUUAAUGAGGUUUUCGCUGACCAUGAUUCCAGUCUCAGCCCAAUUAUUAUUCCAAGGGAUUUGAUAUGGAAUUUACCUAGACGUACAGUUUACUUUGGAACCACGAUUUCUACAAUUUUUAAAGGUCUAACUACAGAAAGCAUUCAGCAGUGUUUCUGGAGAGGAUUUGUAUGUGUGAGGGGGUUUGACAAGAAGACACGUGCACCGCGACCGCUCAUUGCCAGAAUGCACUUUCCAGCCAGCAAGCUAUCUAGGACUAAAGGCAAGACCGACCAGGAUGAAUAAAGCAUUCUAAUUCCAUACAGCUACUAAUAGUGUAUAGAAUUGGCUACUAAUAAUGUAGAUAAACCAUCCAUGGAAAACACAAAUCGAGUAACACAUCCUCAGGUGGUCUUUUAUGUUUUGUUUUUGCUACAAAUAGUGCCUCAGAUCAGGUGUAUGAGAAACUAACCUAUUAUAUAGUGCUUGGAUGGUUAGACUCGGAUCUUCAUCAAUGGACAGCAUAUUAGAGUCAA